CGACUAGAUUCGUUCUGGUAAACUACUCUGGCGGUGUAAGCAAUUCAAAAAAUAUAUCUGUUUAAGUGGUGAACCGUUAAAAUCGUUGUGAACUAAAAUAAUUGUUUGAAAAACAAGUGUUAAUUCAAGGGGACUCUUUCGGGUUAUUUUUGUGAGCUAACUCUAAAUUCAGAAUGCCGGAGACCUCAAAAAUGAAUGGAUACGCAAAAACAAAUGGACACAGUUAUGAUAUGGAAGAUGGAUCAGUAUUUUUAUUCACAUCAGAAUCUGUCGGCGAGGGCCAUCCAGACAAAAUGUGCGAUCAAAUAAGCGAUGCGAUCUUAGACGCACAUUUGAGACAAGAUCCUGACGCAAAGGUAGCAUGUGAAACUGUGACAAAAACCGGGAUGGUGUUAUUGUGCGGUGAAAUCACCUCCAAAGCCAAUGUUGACUACCAGCGAGUUGUCAGAGAGACAGUGAAACAUAUUGGCUACGACGACUCUUCAAAAGGUUUUGAUUGGCGAACGCUAAAUUUAUUAGUGGCUAUUGAAGAACAAAGUCCAAACAUAGCCAAUGGAGUAUAUCAAGAGAGAGAGGAAUUAGAUAUUGGGGCUGGAGACCAGGGCUUGAUGUUUGGGUAUGCCACUGACGAAACUGAAGAAUGCAUGCCAUUGACAGUGGUACUUGCACACAGACUCAACCAGAAAAUAGCUGAACUGAGGCGAAACGGCGAAUUCUGGUGGGCUCGCCCGGAUUCUAAGACACAGGUGACUUGCGAGUACGUUUUCGCUGGCGGUGCAACAGUGCCGCAAAGAGUACACACCCUUGUAGUCUCACUGCAACACUCAGAAAAGAUCACUCUGGAGACCUUGCGUGAGGAGAUCAAAGAGAAGGUUAUCAAAGAAGUUAUUCCUGCUCACUACCUCGAUGAGAAGACCGUGAUUCACAUCAACCCAUGCGGUCUCUUCAUUAUUGGAGGACCACAGUCGGACGCUGGCCUGACCGGUCGCAAGAUCAUCGUGGACACAUACGGCGGCUGGGGCGCGCACGGCGGCGGCGCCUUCUCCGGCAAGGACUUCACCAAGGUGGACCGCUCCGCCGCGUACGCCGCGCGGUGGGUCGCCAAGUCCCUCGUCAAGGCCGGCCUCUGCCGCCGCUGCAUGGUCCAGGUUGCGUAUGCCAUUGGCGUAGCUGAACCCCUGUCUAUCACCGUUUUCGAUUACGGCACUUCACACAAGACCCAACAGCAACUUCUUGCUAUUGUUAAGAAGAACUUUGAUCUGCGACCUGGCAAAAUUGUCAAGGAGUUGAACCUGAGAGCACCAAUUUACCAGAAGACCAGUACUUACGGUCAUUUCGGACGGGAAGGCUUCCCGUGGGAGAAUCCCAAACCGUUGGCUGUAGAAUGACUUCAAACUUGAGCACUAGACCAUUGUAAAUAUUUCACCAGUAUAUUAUAAACACUUAAUCUACGUGUGUAAUUGUAGCGAGGGCGCAGGGAAUGUCGCUGAUGUCUCUCUUUAGACAUUAAUAUGUACGUGACCGAACCUCGCUAGUGGAACUGUUUGCGACGACAUACGAUCACAUGACGGUUGCAUUUACGAGGUUCAUUUUAAUAUUUAAGUAUUCUCUAGUUUAUUAGACACAUAGGUUUAACAUGGUGCCGUCAUUUCUGAAUUUGAGUUAGUUCAGGGGUUUUAAGGGCAGUCCUAUCGUUUAAGAAAAUUGUUUAUUUCCUAUAAUUAAAUUUGUUUGCUUUUACACUGCCUAAUUGUUUUUAUAGUUAAGUAAAUGAACUUUCCAGUGCAUAUAAGAUGAUAUGAUUUUAUAUAUUAUGUACAACUUAAAUUAUGGACUGCCCGCUCUCGAAUGUUCUUCACUGUACGCUUUACAAUGUAAGUGCUAUGAUUUAUCGGUAGAGUAGACUACUUUUCUGGUUAUGUCACAGUGGAGCGAGUGCUAGUCAAACAACCAUAAGCUUAGCCUGUUUCACUAACCUUCGCUUCACUGCAAUUAAAGUGCUUGUUUGCGGCGACACCUCAUUACGUUUAUAGUAAAAUUUUCGAAGUUAAUUACUGUGAAAAGUUAGUUAACUAGAAUAUUGAUAAUUUGUCCCGCCUAGCACAAUUUGUGUUGUGUUUCUGAAAAGGAUUGACGUGGAAAAGAGCCAUUUUGAAAACACACCGACUAGACCAGGGCAGUAGUGCACUGUGCAUUUACUCCUAAUUGUAAUUCUGCCGGUAGUUUUAAUUAGGCGAAAUGCUAACCGUACAUUUGACAUUAUAGGAAUUAACGUAGUUUUUAACUAUUGCUUAGGACGGUUAGUGAGUAUUUCUGACUAUAUUUUUUGAUCUGUUUCAACGUCAACGUUUAAAGUUUCUGAUUAACUUCUGUGGAUUAUCAAAUUGUGGAAUUUAAACUUAAUAAAAUUAUGUCCUGAAUACAGGAGUAAAACAAAA